CUCCACUGGAGAGGGCGUUAAUUAAAGGGAUAUGGGUGACCUCCCCCGGUUUCUUUCUUCUUUCCCCCUCUUCACAUCUUCUCCAAUCCACCACCUUUCGCUCUUAUCACCGUUCCUUACUCUCCUUUGGGUGUGGCCUCUCUCCUCGUGCGACUCGUUCGCAUGUCCAUUCAUUCCACCCCCGCCUGGCCACUCAUCCCAUCAUUCAUUCUUUGAAUCAGUCAUUCCUUCGAUAAGAUUGACCGUGGUUCCCAUCCUAGUUUCUAGUGGGAGGCGGAAAUUCGAUUAAUCUAUCUACAGUUCGGAGAGACAGCAGAGUCUCAAACGAACAUGUCAUUCUUUUACCUGCUGGCCUUCUGGCUGGCUAGCCUCUCCCACGUCUCGGCGCAGACAUGGUCCGACUGUAACCCGCUCAAAGAGGACUGUCCCAACGACCCAGCCCUGGGCUCCGAACACUUGUGGACCUUCAAUGAGACGAUGAACGCCAAGCUCUGGAACACCACCAAUGGCGAAAUCGACUGGACCGAGAAGGGCGCCGAAUUCUCCAUCAAGGAGAAGCUCCAGUCUCCCACGUUACAAUCGACCUUCUACAUCUUCUUUGGGGUCGUCGAGACCCACCUGAAGAUGGCCAAGGGCAACGGCAUCGUCAGCAGUGUGGUGCUGCAGUCCGACGACCUGGACGAGAUCGACUGGGAGUGGAUCGGCUCCAACAACACCGAAGUGCAAUCCAACUACUUCGGCAAAGGCGACGACUCUUCCUUCGAUCGUGGCGGAUACCAUUACGUCCCCAAUGCGGACACCGAGUUCCACAACUACACCACCUACUGGACUCAGGAUAAGCUGGAGUGGUGGAUUGACGACGAACUCGUCCGGACCCUGCCAUACGCCGAAGCGAAGGACGGCUCCCGCUACCCGCAGACGCCCAGCAAUAUCCGCUUCGGCAUCUGGCCCGCCGGAGAUGGGGACAACAAGGAGGGCGUCAUCGCGUGGGCCGGUGGCGAGGUUGACUAUGAUGCUGGUCCCUACACCAUGGUCAUCGAGAGCGUGCGCAUUCAAGAUUUCCACUCGGGCAAGGAGUACGAGUACAAGGAUGACUCGGGCUCGUGGGAGAGUAUCAACGUGAUCAAGGGUAACUCCACCGCGGUGGAAGAAAUCAACAAGCCUCCGCCCAAGUCGCUCUCCGAGAAGUGGGAUGACCUACCGACAGGCGCCCACGCCGGCGUGUUCAUCGGUGCGGCUGCAGUCGGAGCCAUGCUGAUCGCGGGCUUCAUCUUCUUCUUCAUCCGGCAGCGCAGAAAGGGCCGUCUCGAACAGGCCCUCGACGACACCAACUGGAAUAACGAGCGCCCCGAGCGCACUGAGAUGAGCAACGCGCAAUCGGACUGGAGGCAGAGCGAAUGGCGGCACAAUGGCUACUCCCAGGUGAACUAAGUCGAGUCCUGGAACCGCAAGCCAUGCAAAUCUCUCCCCCGACUUGGUCAACGACAGACAUGAAACAUAAGGGGGGCGAAUAUUGUCCCCCCUCUUCCCUCCCGAGGAAACCCGCCGUGCAUUGUGCCUAUUUGUUCUCGGCUUUGCAGGACAAAGUCAUGCGGCUUGGCCGCCGGAAUCACAAUCGACUAAUUCGUGAAUCUCUUGGAUCGUUAUU